AUGUAUGAGUUUCUACUGAGAUUACUUUUGCUUAAUGGCAAUGUAACUGACAUUUCUGAGCAAAAUACCAAUUCAACAAAUUUAUCAAACUCAACAGCAGUACUACCACUAGUACGUACACCUCGAAUUAUUGGUGGCUAUGCAACAGACGCAGUACAUCUACCGUAUUUGAUUAAUAUAUCGAAAUUUGGAGUAUUUACGUGUGGAGGUGCACUGAUAACACAAAAAUGUGUGAUUACUGCUGCACAUUGCACAAAAGAUGCUGUGGCAAGUGACUUUAGUGUACGUGGUGGUAUUACAUAUCUGAGCGAGAAAAGGAACAUCCGAAGAGUUCGACAGUUUUUUGUCUCACCAUUAUACGACAAAAAGGCUUUGGAUUACGAUGUUGCUAUACUUCAAUUAAGUUCACUUCUAGAAGGCAGAGAUAUUGAAACCAUACAAUUGAGUGACAAAAAUAUAACCACAGGAGAGUACAUACGAAUAUCGGGUUGGGGGUUGACAAAGGAAGGGGCUUUUAAACCUGCAAAUAAAAUGCAUACCGUAAAAGUACGUGUUAUACCUCAAAAUGAAUGUAUGGAAUUGUAUAAGGGAUACAGAAAUAUAAGUGAUGCUAUGUUCUGUGCGUCUGUUCCUGGUAAAAAGGACGCUUGCUCUGCGGACUCUGGUGGGCCUGCAGUGGCACAUGGAGAAUUAGUUGGUAUUGUGUCAUGGGGGAGGGGAAAAGAAUGUGGUCGUGCUAGUUCACCAGGUGUUUAUGUUAGAAUAACAACUGUUAGAACAUGGAUUGACAGUAUUUUAAAUAAGCAUUGUUACUAA